GGGUGACGCUACAGGAAACUACCGAUCCCAGGAUGCUUUUCGAAAGCAGCGGUUCUCCCUGCCUACGGCCACAGUUGAGAAGAAUGGGGAGCUGAAAAUGUUGUUCUGCUCAGAGAAAGGCGACUCCAACACAAAAUAUGGACUGGGAGACUGCAUGAUCUGAUAUCUGAGCCCUUGGUAGCUCCCUUCUUCACGAUCUGCUCUUGUAAGGAUGAAUAGAGUAAAAGUUGAUGAGGAAGAAUACUGGCACAGUUCCAAGUGUAAAGCCUUCACUUUCGACGAUGAAGAUGAUGAACUCUCCCAGCUGAAGGAAUCUAAGCGAGCAGUAAACAGCCUGCGAGAUAUUGUAGAUGAUGACGAUGAUCUUGAGAAGUUCAGCUGGAGUGGGGAGCCUGUGGGCAGUAUUUCCUGGUCAAUCAAAGAGACUGCCUCCACCAGUAAUACGCCAGAGGGAAGUGAUCUGGGUCUGCAAAAGGGCUCUUCCUCCAUUGCAUCGUUCCCCAAGCAAGCCUCUUCCUACUCUCUAAGCAGCUUUUUUAAAGGAAGAAACAAACAUGGAAGUUUUCAGUCACUUUCUGAUGCUCUCACCGACACAGGAUUUAAAAAUUAUGCUCCAGAAUUGCGCAGGCCAAAAUCAGAGUACAAGGAUUACGACAGUGUCUGGAGCCCUAAAGAAACAGUUAGGCGACUGCAAAGCGGCAAGGUCUGCUCGCUGGAGAGGUUUCACUCCUUACAGGAGAAGCUGCUGCUGCUGGAUGAAGCUGUUGCAGGGCAUGAUGGCAACGUCAUUAUGGCUGUUCUAAUAUUUCUGAAGCGAACCUUGAAGAAAGAGGUUCUGUUCCAUGAGCUGGAACUGCGGCAGGUGGCCUUGCGCCAUUUAAUACAUUUUCUCAAAGACACUGGAGACCAGAAGCUCCUCUUGGAUCUGUUUAGGUUCUUGGACAGGAUGGAGGAAGUUGCAUUGACGCAGUACCGUGAGCAUCUGGCCAUCCAGGAUGCAGAGAAGCGGAAAGAAUUUCUGAAAGGUUGCAUCGGGUUGCCUUUUUCCUCAGAAGAUUCUGCCCUUGUCCAAGACCAUUAUACACUUCUGGAGAGGCAGAUCAUCAUUGAGGCAAACGACAAGCAUUUAGAAGCAGCUGCACAGACGGAGAUAUUUCGGAAACACCCACGAAAGGCCUCCAUCUUAAAUAUGCCACUGGUCACCACUCUCUUCUACUCUUGCUUUUACCAUUACGCAGAAGCUGAGGGAACAUUCAGCAGCCCAGCAAAUCUAAAAAAAACUUUUAAGAUUUCAGACAAACAGUAUGUGUUAACAGCUCUAGCUGCUCGUGCCAAACUCCGAGCCUGGCAUGAUGUAGAUGCUCUGUUCACCACCAAGAACUGGUUGGGCUACACAAAGAAGAAAGCUCCCAUUGGCUUCCAUCGAGUAGUGGAGAUCUUGCAGCGGAAUAAUGCCCCAGUGCAGGUUCUACAGGACUAUGUUCGCCUGGUGGAAGAUGUUGAGACAAAGCUGAACUUUGCCAUGAAAUACAAGUGCCAUGAUGUUGUUAUAGACACAUAUAAAGACUUGAAGGACCGCCUCCAGCUGAUGGCAUACAGAUGUAAGGUUGACCGUGGUUCUCCAGCAGAGGAGAAGAUUGAUAGUAUCCUGAACAACCCACAAAUCCGAUGGAAGAAUUGAGAGGUGUGCACUCAUCUCAGAAGAAGCCUUACUUUGCUGGCACAACAACGGUUACAGGGCAAAUUGCCAAAUCUGUGUGUGUCAUUUCAGACCACUGUCUAGUUUGUUUGUCACCUGGUGCUGCGGGUGGAUCCUGGGACAGAAACAGACGUUUAUGCUUUGGUCGAAAGAGAUGUUCGCCAAUGGAAGACAAAGCUGACAGGCUGAAGUCCACACUCCUUGCAUUCAGUUUGCCUAUGUGAGGGACAGGAAGAAAUGGACUUGGUUGAAGAAGCUGGUGCUUCUUGCAGAAAAACAUCUGUAUAUAGGACGAGGCAGCUAAACAUUCCACCCCACCCAUAUCUGAAGCUUAAGGCCGUUGUUACUAUGAUAAGAAUUCAAACUCUAUGCUGAAUACUCUACGUGCCUCCAGAAGCACUAAAGAAUUUAACAAGGUAACUGGGAUUCUUAUUAGAAAAUACUGCAUAAAGACUGUCCUGUAUUGGAGUGGCAUGGGUGAUAAACCUCACUCAUGUUCCCCUCUCCAGAUAUGACGUGGCCUUUCAGCCAAUGAACUUGAAGUGGAUUCUGGUUGGGGCCAGUCAAUAUUAUUGCUGAACUUCCUGGACAAGUGGAGUAAUUUUCCCUCCAAUGACAGCUGAUCAAACUAAUUAGCCUCUGGUGCUUCUACCCUAAGCUGUGCUUCAGGCCUGGAUCUUCACUCUAGACUUCAUUUUUGUCAAUGGGACUCUUUCCCCUGUCUUAAUCCUGAAAAUAAAGCUUUGCCUCUCUG